AGAAAAAGCGGAAACAUUUGACACGAUCUUUGAAGCUUUGUUGUCAGACGUAGCAUCAUUAGCUCCGGAUCCACUUUGUCUGUUUUAGCGACACGUGUGGAUUAGUUAGUUACUUUUGUUGACAGAGGACUGGUUAAGGGGAAGACUAGACAACUACUGGAGGCGUUGCUGUUAAAGUCUCCAUAAUAUGUCCCAGUUAGGACCUCCUCCACGAUGGAGAAACUGUCCUAGAAGAGGACAACCUGUGGCAGGUAAAUUCCUGCCACUGAAAACAAUGCUAGGUCCCAGAUAUGAUGACCAAGUUCAGGAGGAGAACAGAUUCCACCCAAGCAUGCUGUCCGACUAUUUAAAAAGUCUGAAGGUGAAAAUGUGUCUGCUUGUAGAUUUGACGAACACAACUCGCUUUUACGACCGCAGAGACAUUGAAAAGGACGGCAUAAUAUACAAGAAACUUCCGUGUAAAGGUCAUGGAGAAUGUCCUACAGAUGAAACGAUUUUAAAGUUCAUCAGUCUAUGUGAACACUUCAUGGAGAAGAAUCCCACAGAAUUAAUUGGCGUUCACUGCACUCACGGCUUCAACCGCACAGGCUUUUUGAUAUGUGCUUACCUUGUGGAGAAGAUGGACUGGAGUGUGGAGGCAGCUGUAGCUGCAUUUGCUCAGGCCCGAGCCCCGGGGAUUUACAAGGGAGAAUACCUCAAAGAGCUUUUCCGUCGCUAUGGUGAUGUGAAGGAUACACCCCCUGCCCCUGAGAGGCCUGCAUGGUGUUUUGAUGAUGGAGAUGAUGAGGUGGACGACGACGAUGGUGGUAAUGCAGUUGACCAGGAGUCAGGUCCCAGCUCAUCUGGAUCAGCAACUUUCAAACGAAGGAAAGAGAAGCUAAAACUGGGUGCCGUCUUCCUCGAAGGCAUCUCAGUGAAAGGUGUUUGUCAGGUCACCACGCAGCCAAAACUGGAAGAAAUCCAAAGAAGGUGUCAGCAGAUGGCUGAAUGGGACAAACCUUGGUUUCCAGGUGCUCAGCCUGUGUCCAUGGACAAGCAAAACAUAAAACUUCUACAGAAGAAUCCAUACAAAGUUAGCUGGAAAGCUGAUGGCACACGGUACAUGAUGUUGAUCAAUGGAAGGAAUGAAGUUUUCAUGAUUGACAGAGACAACACUGUCUUCCACAUAAACAACCUAGAGUUUCCUUUCAGGAAGGAUCCAAAUAUCCACUUAUCCAACACUCUAUUAGACGGGGAGAUGAUCAUCGACAAAGUGAAUGGUCAGCCAGUCCCCCGGUAUUUGAUAUAUGAUAUCAUCAAAUUCAAUGGACAGCCUGUUGGCCACUGCGAUUUUGGUAUCCGGCUGCUCUGCAUCGAAAAGGAGAUUAUUUUUGCCAGGAUGGAGAAGAUGAAGAGUGGGCAGAUUGACAAAAUGAAGGAACCCUUCAGUGUUCGGAAUAAGCCAUUCUUUGAUAUCCACGCAUCACGCAAGCUGUUGGAAGGCAGCUUCACAUCCCAGGUCAGCCAUGAAGUCGACGGGCUUAUCUUCCAGCCAUGCGGGAGAUAUAAACCUGGGCGUUGUGAUGACAUCCUCAAGUGGAAGCCCCCCAGUCACAACUCUGUGGACUUUCGUCUUAAGAUCACUAGAGUUCAAAUAGAAGGACAUCCUACACGCACUGCUGGUCUGCUGUUUGUGGGAAACCAUAGCCCGCCCUUUGCAGAAAUCAAGUUCACCAGAGACCUGAAGCAAUAUGACAAUAAGAUCGUCGAAUGCACCUUUGUCAACAACAGCUGGAUAUUCAUGAGACAAAGAGUUGACAAGAGCUUCCCCAACUCUUUUGACACAGCCAUGGCUGUGUGUCGCUCCAUUCAGCAUCCUAUCACAAAAGAAAUGCUUUUGGAGUUCCUGGAUAGCUGUACACAGGGAGUACAAACCCCGAACCAAAAACGCCCAGCAGACCCAGACAGUGAACUCAUGCCCCCACCCCCUCCGAAGAGACCAGGCCAGGCCAUCCCAUAGCCUGAUGGUGGACAGCCGGCCCCCCUACAGAUGAGAUCCAGACAUUUCUUACCCUCUGAGUAUUUGCUCUGCCAGCCUUUAUGGACUGAAAUGUCUGAAGAUGUCAGAAACCCCACCAGAGUCCAUCAGCAACAUCAGAUUUACUUGUAGGUUUCUUUGUAGCUUUAAUUACUGGUGUUCUUAUUAAA